UAAAACCCUAAAAACCCAAAUUCAUGGCGCAGCCACCUCCUGUAUAUUUAUAUCACAUUCGAGUCCUCACUUGUCAGUUGUCAUCGUCUUCCUUCUCAUUUUUGUCUCAAACUUAACUCUCAGAAUGAGGAACCCGAAGGUUUUCUUCGACAUAUUGAUCGGUAAAGCGAAAACUGGACGCAUUGUGAUGGAGCUCUUUGCCGACACAACUCCAAAAACCGCGGAGAACUUCCGAGCUCUGUGCACCGGCGAGAAAGGAAUUGGAUCUAGCGGGAAGCCACUGCAUUUCAAAGGAUCUACCUUUCAUCGCAUCAUCCCUAGGUUCAUGUGUCAAGGCGGUGAUUUCACUCGUGGCAACGGGACUGGCGGAGAAUCCAUUUAUGGAGCCAAGUUUGCCGAUGAGAAUUUCACUCUAAAGCACACUAAGCCAGGCCUCUUGUCCAUGGCAAAUUCUGGUAAAAACACCAAUGGCUCCCAAUUCUUUAUCACCACCGCAACGACCUCGUGGCUUGAUGGGAAGCACGUCGUGUUUGGGGAAGUUGUGGAUGGCUAUAACGUAGUCAAGGAGAUGGAGAAAGUUGGCUCCGAUGCUGGGACGCCCUCCUCCACUGUUUUGAUUGAGGAUUGUGGUCAGAUUGUUGAAGAUUAAUUUAUUAGGAUUUGUAUGUAAAUUGGUAGCAAUCAACAUAAGUUCUCCUUUGAUUAUCACUUGUAACAAAGUUUCAUUGUAUUACAAAACAAUAUGGAUAUCUAUCUUAUCUUUCAAA